AUUUUUCUUUAGAAUGCAGGACAGAUGAAAAGCCAGUCGAGUGGCAUAUUGAACGCAGUGGCGAACUGAUUUUCAUCCCUAGCUUUCCACUCCGCUUCCCAGGCAACUAACACAGAACCGGUUCUAUUGAAGCGUACCGUUUCUAUUCACAAUGGUCUAUUCACAGCGAGAAUGCAUUUCAAUUCAUAUUGGACAGGCAGGUGUUCAAAUAGGAAAUGCCUGCUGGGAGCUGUUUUGCCUAGAACAUGGAAUUGGAGCUGAUGGACAGAUGACAGAAGACCGAUCAGUUGGAACGGCAGAUGAUACUUUCAACACUUUUUUUAUGGAAACAGGAGCUGCUAAACACGUCCCUAGGGCGUUAUUCGUCGAUCUAGAACCAACUGUCAUGCAUGAAGUUAGAACUGGCACGUAUCGUUCCCUCUUUAACCCAGAGCAACUGAUAUCCGGAAAGGAGGAUGCAGCCAACAAUUAUGCUAGAGGCCACUACACUGUCGGGAAAGAAAUAAUCGACUUGACGCUGGACAGGCUUCGAAAAAUAACAGACCAUUGUAACGGCUUGCAAGGAUUUCUCGUUUUUCAUUCUUAUGGAGGAGGCACAGGAUCCGGAUUCACAUCUUUGCUUCUUGAGCGGAUUGCAAUUGAUUAUGGGAAAAAGUCUAAAUUAUGCUUUUCAAUCUAUCCGGCGCCACAGGUAUCCACAUCUGUUGUGGAGCCAUACAACAGCGUGCUGUACACACACACGACCCUGGAACACAGCGAAUGCUGUUUCAUGGUUGACAAUGAAGCAAUUUACGAUACGUGUCGCCGCCAACUGGAGAUUAUUAGCCCAACUUAUACAAACUUGAACCGCCUCAUUAGUCAACUUGUUUCUAGUAUUACGGUAUCGUUAAGAUUUGAUGGGGCGCUUAACGUCGAUUUGAGCGAAUUUCAAACGAAUUUGGUCCCUUACCCGAGAAUUCACUUUCCACUGGCAACGUAUGCACCCUUUGCGCCCGAAGGAAGAGCGACGCAUGAGAAAAUGUCGGUUGACGAUAUAACUAAAUCGUGUUUCGAUCCUGCGCAUCAAAUGGUUAAAUGCAAUCCUGCAAAUGGAAAGUACAUGGCUGUUUGCUUACUCUACCGAGGAGAUGUUGCACCAAAGGACGUUAACUUCGCCAUAGCCCAAAUCAAAGCACUGAAGACGGUUCACUUUGUCGAUUGGUGUCCUACAGGAUUUAAGGUUGGAAUCAAUUAUCAACCUCCAUUUGUCAUUCCAAAUGGAGAUCUGGCACAAGUCACACGCGCAGUCUGUUGUUUGAGUAACACAACUGCCAUCGCGGAAGCAUGGGCCAGACUUGACCGAAAAUUUGACUUGAUGUUUGCCAAACGUGCCUUUGUUCACUGGUAUGUCGGUGAAGGCAUGGAAGAAGGGGAGUUCGUCGAAGCACGCGAAGACCUUGCUGCCCUCGAGCUGGACUACCAAGAAGUUGCUGAAGGUUUGGUAGACGAGGAAGAAUAUGAAGAAAAUUAAACCAUGGGUUUAUGAUAGAAUGGGAAAAAAAGCACCACAUAUUUCCCCAUAAUAAAAUCAUGGCACAACCGCAGAUAAAGCUGCCAUUUGAGAUUAUUCAGCACACCAACUGUAUAGAAUAAAAUAAAAUGACUUUCUUGUCAAAA